AUGGAGCUCAGCAUCGCGGAAGGACAAAUUAUUAAUAUCAGAAGAUCUACCAGCAAAGAAAAGGUGCCAAUGUUUCUUAUCAAGGAUAUGCUGGCACAUGGGGGCUUUGGUGGAAUCUACGUUGCUAGAGAUCUGACCCGGGAUAGAGAAAUCGUGUUGAAAAUGGAAAGUCACAAAGCAAAGCAUCCACAGCUAGAAAUCGAGAAAGAAAUUUACUCAUUGAUUUACGAUAGAAAAACCCAAUUUAUUCCGCAUUUUCCGAUGUUUCACCGAUUCCAGCAAAAGGUCAAGCUGGAUUUCCUCGGAGAAAACGAAAAGAAAGAAUCAAAUCUCUUCAACCUUUUGGCGAUAGAAAGACUCGGCCCGAAUCUGUAUCAUAUUCUGAGGCGGAGCAAAAAAAGAAAAUUUCAUUUGGAAGAAAACAGGGGAAAAUUUAAAGAAGGAAUCAGUCUCAAAGCUGUCAUGGAAAUUGCUGUGCAGUGUUUUGAGUGCAUCGAAUUUCUUCACGAAAAGAAAGUCGUCCAUCGUGAUAUAAAGCCGGAUAACUUCGUUGUCGGGCUUAUUGGCACUUCCAAACGCUCGGUGGUUCAUUUGGUCGAUUUUGGGCUAGCAAAAAAGUAUGAAUCAAAAAAUGUAUUUAUGCCGAAAGAAGCAAAGUACUGUACCGGUACUGAUAGUUACAUGUCCCUCCAUGUUCAAGCUUCCCGCCGAAACCCCUCGUUGAGAGAUGACUGUAUUUCUCUUUGCUACACGCUUUUUGAAUUAUACCGCGGCGUUCUUUGGUGGAGCAAGCUCAAAAUUGAAAACAAGAAAGAAAAAGUCAAAAAGAUCAUCGAGCUGAAACACGCGCAACUCAAGCAAGGUGUCCAAGAAGAAUUCCCAGAGAUGAAGCAAAUUCAAAAUAUUUUAGAAAAUUGUUAUGCAAUGGCCUUCACUGAGUUUCCGAACUACGAAAUGUUUCGUACGCAAUUAAGGGGGUGCACAACGGAUUACAGUUAA